AUGAUUGCGAAGGCGACUCCUGCGCUCAGCACGGUGCGCGGCUUCCAACACACCCCAGCCACCUCUGGCGACGAGGACUCGGACUACGGCUCCUGCCGGACACCGCCCACCACAUCCUCGCGACGAAACAACCGCCCGCCGCGUAUCGAUGACGUCGUCAGCGCAAACUGCAGCCCCAGUCUGCGGGCCGCCCCGUCGCCUGCCGUCUCGGGCAUCGCCAAACUGCGUCUGCAGAUGGAACCCCUCAGCCUGGAUGCUUCUUCGCGAACCAGCACCCUGACCAAGGCGUCUUCCAACGGACUCGGGGGCGGAAAUGGCGUGCUGAAUGGCGCAGGCUUGCGGAGUGCCGCCAUGAGCCGCACUGGUAGCGAAACAGGAAGCGAGCGUUCCGAUGCUGGCUCCACGAGCUACGAGGUCAACCUGGAACACGACUUCGUCGACGAGAGCGUCCGCGAGCGAACAGGCAUCUUCCCCGUCAACAAUGACGGCGCUCUGCCGCCGCGUAAAAUGGCUGCGGACGAUUUCGAGACUCUUCGCUGUCUUGGCAAAGGGACCUACGGCACGGUUCUCUUGGUGAAACAGCGCACGACUGGACGGCUUUAUGCGCAAAAGCAAUUGAAAAAGGCAUCUGUCAGGGUCCACAAGAAGCUCGUUGAACAGACGAAGACGGAACGCCAAAUCCUCGAAUCCGUCAACCGACACCCUUUUGUAGUUAACCUGUACUAUGCCUUCCAGGACCAUGAGAAGCUGUACCUUAUCCUUGAGUACGGACAGGGUGGCGAGCUCUUUACCCACCUCAAUACGGAGAAGAUGUUUUCUGAGCCUGCUGCGGCGUUCUACAUGGCCGAGCUGAUGCUUGCAAUCUCGCACCUACACACAAACCUGGGAGUGGUGUAUCGCGAUCUCAAGCCUGAGAACUGCCUCCUUGACGCCGAGGGCCAUCUCCUCCUCACAGACUUUGGUCUGUCCAAGGUAGCUGUUGACUCGGAAGACCAGUGCAACUCGAUGCUUGGGACGGUCGAGUACAUGGCUCCCGAGGUCAUUCAAGGGCGCAAGUACGGAAAGGCGGUGGACUGGUGGUCUUAUGGCGCGCUUGGAUACGAUCUCAUGACAGGCAACCCGCCGUUCCGUGGGGGGAACAAUGCCAAGAUCCAAGAGAAGAUUGUCAAGCAAAAGCUCGUUAUGCCUUACUUCUUAGGUCCCGACGCGAAGGACCUCUUGACGCGGCUUUUGAGGAAAGAUCCAGUCAAGCGCCUCGGCUCGAACAUGCCGAAGGAUCUCACGAUUCUCAAAAACCAUCGAUUCUUCCGCAGCAUUAAUUGGACGAAACUUGCGGCCAGGGAGAUGGAGCCUCCAAUUCAGCCUCUUAUCACAGAUCCCGAGCUUGCCGAGAACUUUAGUGAAGAGUUCACCGAACUGGCCGUCAGCCCAGUCGUGACAGCUAGGGACCCUUGGGGCAGCUUUUCUGCUACGGACGGCAAGGAUGACAUGUUUGGGGGCUUCAGUUAUGUUGCAUCCAGCAGCCUGCUGGACAGCCAUGCUUUCCAGAUCACUGCUUAA